AUGUCGGAGAACAUCCCCGAGUCCAUCCCCACCUCCGCAGACCCGCGCUCCAAGCGGCCCACCAAGAAGCGCGCCCUCACGCCGGGCGGCAAGCUCGCAGCCGAUGUCGAAGCGCUGUUUGCAAAGCCAGAUCGCGAAAUCCACAUUCCAGGCGACAAGCUCGACAAGGGCCUUGCGCCGCCGCCUGAGAUUGUUGCCAAUGUUCAAGGUUCAAGCGCAGGAGCAGGCAGCGGCGAGUUCCAUGUGUACAAGGCGAGCCGGCGGCGAGAAUAUGAACGACUGCGGAUGAUGGAUGAGCAGGUGAAAAAGGAAGAGGACGAGAAGGAAUUCCAAAAGAGGAAAGAGGACCUGGAGCGGAAAGACCGCGAGAAGACGGAGAAGAACAGGGCGAGGAGGGAGAAGGCACGCGCGAGGAAGUCAAAACAGAGGAACGGACAAAAGGACGGUGCGAGUGGCAAGAACGGCUCGCCGGCUCCAGAGGGCGACAAGCUGAAGAAGAAACUUGCCCCCAACGCCAAUGCCCCUAAGCCUGCCGACGAGGAAGAGGACCAUGUGCUCAAUGGAGGCGGCGAGGUCAAAAGCUCAGAGGAGAUUGGCCUCGUAAUUGAGGACGACGAUUGA